AUGGCGGUGCAGGUGUCGGUUCUGCCUUCCCCGAGGUGUCUGUUCGAUGAGCCUGUGCGGAUCUGCGUGGCGGGACUGCUGCCGCAGCAGGCGGUCACCCUCCGAGCCAGCCUGCUGGACGACGGUGGGGAACUUUUCCAAGCCCACGCUCGCUACAGAGCUGGGAGCAGCGGCGAGCUCGACCUGAGCCGCUCCCCUGCGCUGGGAGGCAGCUAUUCGGGAGUGGAGCCGAUGGGGCUGCUGUGGUCGCUGCAGUCUAAAGCGCCCUAUAAGCGGCUGGCAAAGAGGAACGUCCUGACACCUUUCUAUGUGGACUUUGAAGUGUAUGAGGGCCACGGGGAUAUGAGCCGCUUGCUGGCAAAAUGCACCAAUGAGAGGUGGUUUUUAGGAGAGGGAGUGAAGAGGAUUUCAGUCAGAGAAGGUCGUCUGAAGGCAACCCUCUUCCUCCCUCCUGGAGCUGGUCCAUUCCCUGGGCUCAUCGAUUUGUAUGGAUCUGGAGGAGGUCUUGUUGAAUACAGAGCAAGUCUUCUGGCUAGCAGAGGCUUUGUGACUCUGGCUGUUGCUUACAUGGCCUUUGAAGAUCUCCCUGCUAUGCCAGAGAUUCUUGAACUGGACUAUUUUGAGGAAGCUGUAAACUUUUUGCAGAAGCAGCAGCAGGUGAAAGAUACUGGGAUUGGCGUUCUGGGCUUGUCUAAAGGAGCUGAUCUAGCCCUUUCUAUAGCCACAUUUCUACCUGGCAUCAAGGCAGCUGUCAGCAUAUCUGGAAGUGGAUUUAAUUCUUUCAUUCCCCUGCAGGGGGAUGGCUUCACUCUUCCUGCCCACCCAUAUGAUUUGGGGAGGAUGAAGAUCAAUGACCAGUCUGAACUAAUAGAUUUUUCAGAUGUCCUAGAUGAUCACAGGGACCCAGCGACUUGGGUUUGCCGCAUUCCAGUGGAGAGAUCUGUGGCCAAGUUCCUCUUCCUGUCCGGACUGGAUGACAAGAACUGGAAAAGUGACCUCUAUUGCCAGGAUGCUGUUCAGCGCCUUCGGCAAUAUGGACGGGAAGUGGAGUUUUGCUCCUAUUCUGGAGCAGGGCACCUCUUGGAGCCACCAUACUUGCCUUUAUGCCAGGCUUCAAUCCACAAAGUGCUUGGGAUGUUUGUGCAUUGGGGAGGGCAAUGGAGGGAACAUGCCAAAGCUCAAGAAGAUGCGUGGCACAGGAUACAGGCCUUUUUCUGGCGACACUUGAUGGACUCGGACAUCCCCAAGAGCAAGCUGUAG